UGCAGAUCUGCGGGGCUCCCAUGUGGAGAGGAUCAGAGGGACCAACACCAACCAUGUCAGGAUCAGGGGGACCUCCCGCAAGUAGUAACCGUAGGCUUCUACAAACCCAAGCACAAGUAAAUGAGGUAGUGGAUAUCAUGCGGGUAAAUGUGGACAAGGUCCUGGAUCGAGAUCAGAAGCUGGCAGAGUUGGAUGACCGAGCAGAUGCUCUCCAAGCUGGAGCUUCCCAGUUUGAAACCAGUGCAGCCAAACUGAAGAGAAAGUACUGGUGGAGAAACUGCAAGAUGAUGAUCAUCAUGGGAGUAUUGUGCGCAAUAAUGUUCAUCAUUCUCAUCAUUUAUUUCUGCACCUGACCUCAGUGGCCCUUUCUCUCUCGUGCUCUUGUUUUUUCCAUGUUUAUAUCCUUCUUGUGUUUUCUCACCAUUCCCUGACCUUCUGCCAGCAGUAUUAUGCAAAGAUUCAAUGUGAAUGGAGGUCUAAUAGAAGAAUUAACUGGUGGGACACAGGCAAACCCAGGAACAAGCUACACAGUAGACUCCUACCUUAAUUCUUGUCAAGACCUUCUGGGCUCCCAGUUGCCAAGUGCUGGCUCUAAGAAAUCCCUGUCAUUUUAGUGUUUUUAUUUAUUACUGGUUGUACCCCAAUCAAGAUCCAGUUUGGUCAAUAUGAAUUGUGAAGGUUAAAAUUCAUGAUUUUUAUUUAGUAGGCUGGGCUCAUAUAAGGAUGGUGUUUUAGGGUGUUAGAGUUUAGGGCGAUAACUGCUUUCCAUUCAUCUGAAUGGAAGAUACUCUGUCUAUGGCAGAGACUUCUGCUGGAAGGCAGCCAGACAGGGAUUGUUUGGCAUCAUCUGAAUGGGAAACAAAUUGCAGCACUAAAGCAUUCUGUUACCAUGGUCAACAAAAGUUAUACAUGCUCAUGUGCCCAGUUCAAGGUGCAGGGUCCUAAUUACUGGGCUGUUUAUGAACUGCUACUGUAGAACAUGCAUGUAUCAGUGAUGCUGUAAAGGUAAUUAACUUGAGUUAAAUUAGCUUGUUAGCAUAGGCAUGAUAUUUUAGCUUUAUAUAGCUCUGCACAUUUGUACUGGGAAUUCAGCAAUAAUGCCACUUCUGCCAAAUAUACUUAUAUAAUGCUUGAAACAUGGAGACACCUAUGCAACACUGGCAGAAUGGCAGUCACACUACACACCAUGGCUGUCACGUAGUGGGGACUGGCAACUUACCACCCAGAACAGAAGUUACAUUGAUUCUCACCAAGCGCAUGUAACUUAAGGGUCAUAUAAAUGGUGAACAGAAAAUCCAACUCUUCCCCCCAAACUUUUAUCUUCAAGUUUUUUAGCUAGAUAUUUUGGCUCUAAGGCAAGAAGAGAGUGAAGCUAUUUCUAUUUCUGUUUUGCUAUAAGGACUCCCCAAAAGGGAGAUAUAAAAGGGUGAUGGGGAAGAAUGGCUCAGACCCAACAGAAAAGUUGCUUAGUUGGUGCCACGUCAGUAAGUCUUUAGUAUUGUAUGUGGGUGCUACCAGAACCGCCAUGGGCAAAGCUAUAUGGGUUGUCACUACAGUUGGGUCCUGGAGUCUAACUACUGCAAGAAAAGAAAAUCUUAUACACUGUGUACAGGUCACAGUGGGCUCAAGAUAAUUCAUUGUGAGCAUAAGUGUCUGGAAGUAUCCGUGGACCAAAUUUUGCACUGAGGCCUUGGUUCUGGCUUUUCAUCUGUGGGUCCAAUUGCCCUUCUGUUCAGAAAUUGAUGCAUGUCUGUAAAAUGUGUAAUGAUCUUAAUUAAAAUUUGUUGUGUGCCUAACCUGU